AUGAAGUGGUCUGCAAAGAUCGUGGCCCUGGCCGCGCUCGCAUUGCCCCUGGUGAGCGCUGCAGACGCCGACACAAACACCAGCAAGGAACCCAAGCCCGACAAGGACGGCAAAUACUGGAUCUACGGCGACGGCAUCUCCGCCGCCUUUAUUGCCUACGGCGCAUCCGUCUCCAACUUCAUGGUCAAGGACCAGUACGGCGUUGAGCGCGACAUCGUGGCCGGCUUCGACAACGCCACCUACUACGGCAUUGACAAGCAGCAUCCUCACUUUGGCGGUGUCCCUGGCCGGUAUGCCAACCGCAUCAAGAACAGCACCUUUGAGAUCGACGGCAAAAAGUACCACAUCAAGCCUAAUGAGAAUCCUACCAAGGACAACCCCGAUGGUGUUGAUACCCUCCACGGAGGGCCGGACGGCUGGGACUGGCGCAACUUUACGGUUGUGGCUCACUCCAACCACAGCAUUACCUUUUCUCUGGUUGACCCCGACGGCAAGGAAGGGUUUCCCGGCGAGGUUGUCUCCGUGAUUACGUAUAGUUUGAACGGGAAGGAUUGGGAUUUGAAGAUGAUUGCCGAGGCGACGACCAAGAAGACGCCCAUUAUGCUGAGCAGUCAUACGUACUGGAACUUGGAUGGCUUUGCGAACAACCAGACCAACACUGUGUUCAACCAUUCCCUACACAUGCCGUAUGCGGGAUUCCGCGUUGGCGUGGAUAACAUUCUCAUCCCGACGGGCGAGUUCCUGCCGAAUAAGAAGGGUGAUGUGAAUGACUUUUGGAGCAAGCCUAAGCAGAUUGGCGCAUCGUUUGGCGACGACGACAUUGUGAAUAACUGCGGCUUCAACUGCACUGGUUAUGAUAACUGCUACAUCAACAACCGCGGCGCCAUCGGCCCCUUCGACUGGCGCAAACAAGGCCCCGUUACGACCUUGUCGUCUCCCUGGUCUGGCAUCCAGCUAGACGUCUUUACUGACCAGGACGCCUUCCAGAUGUACUCGUGCAAUGGGCAGAACGGCUCCAUGGCCCUCAAGAAGACGCAGGGCGUGGAGGGCGACAACAAGGACAAGUUCCCUCGCACGAUUCCCAAGUACGGAUGCGUGGUGCUCGAGGUUCAGGAUUAUAUUGAUGGUAUCAAUCACCCUGAGUGGAUGAGGGACAAGAAGCAGUUUUUUGAGCCUGGCGGUGAUCCGUAUGUGCUGCAGGCCAAGUAUAGAUUUAGUUUGGUCUCGGAUCAUGAGAAGAAGAAGUCGUCUUAG